AUGCAUGACGUUGUAGGAGGUCCUCAAGUGAACGGUCCGCAUUGUGAGUUGCCUGAAAACAUCCCAAACGAGAGAUUCAGUUGGGUUCCAAGCUCACUGUAUUACACUGACCGACCAUUGGUAUCGACAUCCAAUUUCGGACAAGAGAAUACAAACCAGGUGGCUUUAGCACCAUCAGGCACUCAAUCAGCUGUUUACGUCAUCUCUGCGGAGGCCUCCAGCAAGUGCAAAACUGCUACUGGCUCUGGACCUAUCGCUUCACUUCCACCAGCACUGAUGUCUUUGCCACCGACUGGUGGUAAGCUCACUUUAGCCUACCCUUAUCCUGUGCUCACACCUUCUAACGAAUCUUUUGUACCGGAACACUCAGUAAACACACAAUUGACACUCCACUCUUCUGCAUCUGCAUAUCCAAGGCAAAAUGACGGCUCCAGCACAUCGUAUGCUGUGUGCCCCGCACAAUCCGAUGGUACUGAUGAAAACAAGAUGAAUUGUGGCGGGGCUAACGUCGACAGUUGGGUUAUAUCCGAUGAGACGGACAAGAACCAGCAGAUUAAAAAACGGCGACGUGGCCGGCCUAGGCUGGAAAAUCGAGGUCUACGCCACAUUUACAACCCCGCUGACGAUCUUUCCUUUUCAAGCUCACAUCGGACUUCUCAUGUUGGCCAGUUUUGGUGUCCCUUAUGUCAAUGGUGCUAUCCUCAACUCUCCUUGUGCCCCGACCACCCUAUGAGUGCUCAGCCGGACAAUGAAGUUAUUAGUUAUGCACGUCAGACGUUGCCCAAAUGCUUCAAACUUUCUGAAGAGGACGGAGUAACACGAGUACGAUUAAUCAAACGCCAACCAUCAAUGACUCGAUUCGGCCCUUUGGUUGCACCCGCACUGACAGAAGAGGAACUGCUUGCUCACCCCGAAUGGCUGCCCGAUUGUCCGUUUCGCAUAGAUGUGUACGAUUCGAAUGGACAGUCUGUGGGAAUUCGAUAUUUGAAACUUGGAGAUGAAGCAGUUUGUAAUUGGAUGAUGUUCGUUCGUCUCGUAUGCACAACAAUGGAUCAGUUAAACGUGAAUGAUCUGAUCCCAAAUGCCGUGGCGUAUCAACUAGGCGCGGAUGGGAUAUUUCUUCUGUUAACCCGUCCAGUCAUUUCCGGAGAGGAACUGAUUGCUACCUAUUCACCGACGUAUGCUGUUCGUUUCGGCUUGCCAAUUUCCGUGGUCGGAUUAGAGUCAUUCGAUCCGUCAAUGAAUAGGUCAGUGCAACGCAGGCCAUUUCCCGAUGAGAUACACUGUUUUCAUUGCUCCCUCACAUUUGUAUCCGAAGAUGCAUUUCGGGUUCAUUGUUUAGGUCAUCAGGGAGAGCUGUCACUGCGUGGUAUUCCCACAAGAGCGGUAUCGACGGGCGGGACCGAUAUUUCCGCAGGUGAAGUCAACCCUACUAAUCUGACGGUCCCUUCUAUUGAUGGUGAACGGGAAAAGUCAUGCAUCGCGCAUACUGACUCGGGAAAGACUGAAACCCGAUCAGCCCGCUCCCAACCAACCCUGCGUUGCUCCCUGUGUGCUAUCGAAGUGGGUGGUGUGAUUGACCUGAUACAACAUACCGACUCCUACCACUCCCUGUCACGACCACGUAUUUUCGCUACCCAAAGUAAACCCCCCAAGUCGAGCAACAUCCAGUCCCCUUCAAUCACACCCCGUGCUUUGGCUCUAAGUGAUGACAAACUUUACAAAUUGGAACCAUCGCUAACAAAGAACCUGGUAGUCGUUGAUUUGGGUCAGCUCGAUAGCUUUGUGUGUGACGAUCUUCCGGUGGCUUAUGGCUGUGGUCAGUGCGGUCAACGAGUCCCCACCAUGCAGGCUUUGCAAAACCACAAAGAAUUGGUUCAUGAGAUCCGUUCUCAAACUGAGCAGUUCACACAACCUUCAGCCUCAAGUUUCAGGCCGCUUUGUGAAGAAACUAAUGCUAAUAUGAAUCUCUCGUUUCCUAACGCAGUGGAGCAGCCAGAGUGUCCAUUAUCGCCACUGAGGAUUGCCUUUACAUCCGAAGACUGGAACGAUACUGGGACCGACGCUCUUGAUAUGAUCACAUCAGUAGACUUGCUGCUCUCGAACAUGGAGAAGAAUGUCGUACAGGAGUCUAAGAAACGAGUGGUAGGCACGAGCUUUGAUUGUUGCAUUUGUGGAGAAGAAUUGAGAUCUCGAUCUGCACUCAGUGUCCACAUGCGAACACACUGUUCUUCGAUGCAAAUGGAUGAAAGUUCCGGCGGAAGGUCGGGUCAACUCCCACAGACUGCAACGACUACGGUGUCUAGCGUUGAUGGGCCAUCGAUCCAGUUGCGUCGACGACCUCCUCGAGUGCCUGUUGUGAAGCGCCUCUUUUUCUGCUGCUCAGUAUGUGGCAAAGGCCAGACAAGCCAAAAAGCUUUACGACAACACAGUGCUGUGCACCAGCGAUCAUCCGAUGGUCGGUACCCUUGCCCUCUAUGUGCUGCGCAUUUGGACCGGAGUUACGAAACUUUUCAGCAAUUGCAGCGCCACAUUGGCUUUGUUCACCACCCCCGGGAGCUUUUCCCUUGUCCUUAUUGUGAGAGAACGUUUGGACGAAGGAAAAAUCUGGACAAUCACCUCGUGCGACACACGGGACGCCGUGACUUUGUUUGUCCCUAUGAAAAUUGCAAGAAGGGUUUCGGGCGAAAGGAUAAGUUGAAAUUACACCUUAAGACACAUGAACAGGCUGCGGACUUUGGGACCACAUCUUGCUCGCAAUAGAUUCAAAGAGCUAAGCCAGUCAAACUCAUACUAUCAUACCAGAUUACUUUGUUACACAUUUUUCUCGCUGAUUUCCAUCAUAAACGUCUUAUUCG